AUGAGUCGGCUUCCGCCAAUACUCCCGCCCUCGGCGGGGCCCUACCACACCUACUCGUCGCCCAAGCUCUCGUCCAGCCACCCGCUCGGCACCAGCUCCCCGACCGGCUCGCCUCGCCCAUUCCUCACCCAUCACCUCCCCGGCGCCCUCUCGCCCUACCGCGACUCCGUGGCUCGCUUCUCCCAGCUCGGCAGCCCGCGCAUCAGCUCCCUCAGCCGUGACGCUACAUCGGCACUGCACAACGCCUAUCCGACCUCGGCCUCGCGCCCCACUUCUCCCUCGCCCAACUCGCGCGGCUCGCGUUCGCCCUCACCUUCCGGCAGCAGCGAUCGCAGCGACGCCUCCAGGGCCUCGGCCCGCAAGCGUGCACGCCGGAACGCGCAUCGCGACGAAGACGAUAACGACGACGACGAAGCGGGCCCAGCUAGCACCAACGCGCUCCAGAUUGUCGGCAAGCGUCCUCUGUCCGACGGCCACGCUUCCGACUCGCACAUCGAAGAGUCCAACGAGAGGCAAGGUCCAGGCGUUGCUUCGCCGCCAAUGCGCUCAUAG